GAGAAUAAAAUGUGUGAAAUAUGGAUCUAUCAAAUGCUGGAAAAUUGCCUAGGUAACAAAUAAACAACAGGAUCAUGAUUACUGUCGAGUAUUACUUAUAUUUUUCGAAUACAUAAACCUGGUUUCAAUUUCAACAUGUCCGAUAUCGCGGAAAAUCUUCUCAUACAGUAUUAUGGAUUGUCCACGAAAUCGGAAACUGAAAAAUUUCUAUCAAUUCAUGAAUGCGUGAGCAAUGUGGAGAAUGACGUAGAGAAAUUGAUUGGCGAACAAUCGACAGUGGAUACAGCAAACGACAAUGACACGUCCAAAGAAACGGAAGAACAGGAAAACGAUGUUGAGAACGAGGAAAGAAAUUCCGAAACUGAUAUUCCGACGAGAUCCUCUCGAACAUUAGAAUGGGAAGAAUUAGAAGACGAUGAAAAAACUUCAUCUAGUUUCGAUAUUAUUUUCGGAGAAAAUACAGUGAGCAAUUUAUAUGAAAAUACCAAUGCUUCUUCUGGCAAAGAGAAACAAGAUCUUAUCUUACACAAUGCCAGAGCCAUCAUUUUAGAACCAGAAGACAACGAAGGAAACGAUUUAUAUCUCUCACUUAACGAAGACGCAUUGCCGGAUAGUGCUUCAGAUGUUUCCUCAAUAACGGAAGAGAAAAAAACGAAGAAGUCUCCAAAUACAAGUAUCUCACCCUCGACGCCACCGCCAAAUAAAUCUCAAAUAUACAACGAAAACUUUGUAGAUUUAACGAGUGCUGGUCUUACAUCGUUUCCCAUUGAAGUGAUCGAAAAAUAUCCUACAAUACAAAUGCUAUAUUUAGAAAAUAAUAAUCUCUCCGAGCUUCCUAAAGAGCUUUUCGUUUCUUUGUCAUAUUUGCAAUGGCUAGACGUUAGAAAUAAUCAAUUGACAAAUUUACCUACGAGUAUUCGAUCACAUCCUUCGCUGGAAAGCAUUCUGUUACAAGGAAAUAAAUUCGAAAAAUUGCCAUUAGAACUCUGCCUGGUACCAAAACUUAAAAUACUCAAUGUAGCACAUAAUCCUAUCAUUACACCUCCAAAGGAUAUUAUAGCUCUUGGAUGUUCGGGUAUUCUCAACUACCUCCGAACUGAAUGGAAUAAAUUGCAUCCGGAUGAGCCUGCGAUAUCUGUGGAGCGAAAAAUUGAACCAAAAUUAUCAACAAUUUUGUGUUAUCAAUCUCCUCACCAAAAACGUCGAAAAUUGUCAAAAAUUUCACAGCGAGCAUCGAAAAGCACCAAUGAUAUCGGUUCGUUCAAGGGCGUUUCGGUCAGGAAGAGGAGCAGAGCUUACAAACCCAGUAAUAGAUGCGAGAAUAAAGGAAUCAAUAUUGCUAUGGAACAGCAGAUGCAAUGGAUGUCUAAAGCGAGAGAAUUAUUCAAUGCACAAUCGGCAACAAUUCAAAAAAUUAAAGAUUCGGACGCUAUAAAAGAAUGGAGACGUGAUAAACGAAGUUUCAGUAAAAGUAUGGAGAAAGUAUCGAGAAGAAAUGAAGACGAUAUUCCAUUCGCAAUCAACAUCAUAGAUUAUCCUGCGAUACGGAAACAACCACAAAAAGCGAAAGAAAAUGCGAAUAACCAGACAUAUGAAAAAUUAAGAUUUGCUGCAUCAGUAAAUAUAAAUAACAAGAUUCAAGAAUUACUAGGAUCCUUCCAAAAAUUUGAAAUUACGGAAUCUUCAGAAAUAUUGACACCUAAAUCCAAACAAAAAUACCUACAAACCAAGAUUCAAAAGCUCUCACAAUUUCAAAAAGAAGUUCAAAAUCUAAAAAGAUUCAACGAAAUUCUAUCAGCUCCAAUGAAUUCUCCAAACAAUUAAUCUCAAUGUUUUCUGAUUUUUAUUCAAAGAUGUUAUACUUUUACAUUACUAUUCAUAGAAAAUUCCAAGCUUAGUCAGUCUUGAGGUAUUUAUUUAAAUAAAACAGUAUUAAUCACACACGCAUAUUACAAUAUCAAUUUCAUGCCCAGUUUCGGAAGCACUUAUCGAGGCUAUUGGACAGACAUAUUUCUGUUAAUAUUAUAAGAAACAAACUUCUUAAGAAAAUUGGAUUUUUGCAUUAUAUUCCACAAAUAUAUCAUAUAUAUUAUCAAUGUACAUGUGGUAAAAAAAUAUUAAUAAAAGUGAGUGUUCCAUGUGUAUUUCUAAAGUAUUUACAAAAAUUAUUAGAAUGAAAAGAAUUCACACGGGUUCUUUCCAAUCCCCUCAUCAGUGCAUUCGAUUCUUUGCUGUUAUCGUUAUAUUCAGUAUAAAAAUUCUAAAAGCCAUUAUCUUUCUCACCAGCAAAUAUAUGUGCGAUAAUCACAAAUGUUUUUUUUUUCUUUUUGUACAUGGCACUUAAUCAAGUUUCAUAACAAAGUUUGCAUGUAUGUAUUGCAUAGAAUUCUCUUAAAACAACAUAGUAAAUUAUUAUUAUAAUCAGUACCAUCGGAGGCAAAUAAUCUAUCUCAUGAAAGCAAAUAAUCUAUAUCUGUUGUGAUUAGUUUUUUUAAUUCUGUACAUUUCGUACAUUUUAAUGCAUUUAGCUUGUACAGAGAGAUAUAAAAAAGGAUCAACUUAUUAAUAUCUUAGUAAAGAUAUGAUAAAAAUGAAUUAUAUAUAUAUAUAUAUAUAUAUAUAUAUAUAUAUAUGUAUAUGUAUAUAACGUGCGUUAUUGUUUACAUUAUAAUACUGCGCUUUCUAUUUUGCAUUUGCUUGUGGUGUUACUUGUGAUAUAAGAAAAUCUUUUUUCUACAAUGAUUAAUAUAUUUAAUUAAUAAUGUAUUUUC